AUGACAGAAGUAACAUAUGCUAAUCUCAGAUUUGAAAACAACCAUGAACUGGAUAAUAUCACAGAGCCCAAAAAUACUAAGGAAAAAGGACCUCCCACUUCAUCCCACUCUUGCUGGCCAGCAGUCCGAAUUUUGCUCAUAUUGUGCGUGACAUUGCUGACGGCGUUGGUGACCCUGGCAGUUUUGUUUUUCCAGAUUCCCAAGGACUACAGGACACAACUUAGAGACCUCAACAUGACAAAGAAUGAGCUGCACGCAAAUUUCUCCAACAUGCUGCAAGCAAUAGGAAACCAGCUGUGCCUGGAAGGGGAAACAAACCUUAAAAAUAAUGGCCAGAACUGUGUACUCUGCCCCACAAACUGGAACUGGAAAGGUGGUGAUACAUGUUACUACCUCUCCAUGGAAAAGAAGUCUUGGGAACAGAGUCUCCGGUUUUGUUCCUCACAAAACUCUAAUCUUCUUCUGAUAAAAGAGGAAGAAAAGCUGGAACUGUUAAAAAAUUUCCCUAGAGAAGAAUACUGGCUUGGACUUAGAGUUCAGCAGAGAGUCUGGUAUUGGGCAGACAACACCACUCUUACAGAACAACAAAAGUCUUGGGUAAAGCCUAGCUACUACGCCGAAUGCUGUGGAUGGGUUUAUUAUGCUACCAUAUAUUGCAAACCAUGUAAAGGAGAGCUUUACUAUAUCUGUGAAAAGCCUGCCAUCCAACUACAGCGAUGUAACAACUCUUGUCAGGAAGGCUGGUUUGUCAGACCAACUGAUUAUGAGAAGCCAGAAGACCUUCUGCAAGGAGAGUUGGUCACUGAAGUUGCUGAAGAACUACAACUCAGCAUUGGGUCAAGGCACUACAAAGAGCUAGAGAUGAAGAGUGAGGAUGGGAAAGAAGUGUGA